AGCUGCAUAUAAACACGUGCACACAGUGCAUCGCGCACCACCGAUCUCUUCAUUCAUUUUCCACCACAGAAGUCUGCACACAGGACCAGGACGCCAGUAUGGAGGACUAUCACAAGCCAAAUAAACAAACCCUGCAGGAGCUGAGAAACACCGCGAACCGACUCCGAAUCAACUCCAUAAAGGCGACCACUGCAGCCGGCAGCGGACACCCAACAUCAUGUUGCAGUGCAGCAGAGAUCAUGUCUGUGCUCUUCUUCCACACCAUGAAAUACAAACCUGACGACCCACGCAAUGCCAACAACGACCGCUUUGUCCUGUCCAAGGGUCAUGCUGCUCCAGUGCUCUACGCUGCCUGGGCAGAAGCUGGAUACCUUCAAGAGAGCGAGCUGCUUAACCUCCGCAAGAUUGACUCCAUCUUGGAGGGCCAUCCAGUUCCAAAGCAGCAGUUUGUGGACGUAGCCACAGGUUCUCUUGGGCAAGGACUCGGUGCUGCAUGUGGGAUGGCUUAUACUGGAAAAUACUUUGACAAGGCCAGUUACCGUGUGUUCUGCUUGCUGGGUGAUGGUGAGCUGUCUGAGGGCUCGGUGUGGGAGGCCAUGGCCUUUGCUUCCUUCUAUCAGUUGAACAACUUGGUGGCCAUUCUGGACAUCAACCGUCUUGGCCAGAGUGACCCCGCACCCCUACAGCACCAGGUGGAGAAGUACAAGAAACGCUGUGAGGCCUUUGGAUGGCAUACUGUCAUUGUGGAUGGCCACAAUGUGGAGGAGUUGUGUAAGGCCCUGGGUCAAUCCCAUGACCAGCCCACUUGCAUUGUUGCCCAUACCUUUAAAGGCAAAGGCAUUCCAGCCACCGAGGAUAAGAUGGGCUGGCAUGGUAAACCCUUGCCUAAGGACAUGGCUGAGAGUGUAAUAAAGGAUCUGCAAAGUCAAAUUACAAGCAGCAGCAAGCUCUCUCCUUUCACACCGACUGAAGACGCACCUGCCGUCAGCCUGAAAAACAUCCACAUGCCCAGCGAACCCAGCUACAAACUUGGAGAGAAGAUGGCUACCAGGAAGGCCUACGGUCUGGCUCUUGCGAAACUCGGCCGGUCUAAUGAGCGCGUCGUUGUCAUGGACGCAGACACAAAGAAUUCCACCUUUUCCGAGCUUUUCAAGAAUGAAUUUCCCAACCGCUAUGUGGAGUGCUACAUCGCAGAACAGAACAUGGUGAGUGUAGCAGUGGGCUGUGCGACUCGGGACCGCAACGUUGUUUUUGCUUCCACGUUUGCCACGUUCUUCACCCGGGCCUAUGACCAGUUGCGCAUGGCCGCCAUCUCAGAGAGCAACGUCAACCUCUGCGGCUCACACUGUGGCGUUUCCAUCGGAGAGGAUGGUCCGUCUCAGAUGGCGCUGGAAGACUUGGCGAUGUUCAGAGCCAUUCCCACUGCCACUGUGUUCUACCCGAGUGAUGCCGUGUCCACUGAGAAGGCAGUGGAGCUGGCUGCUAACACGAAGGGUAUUUGCUUCAUCCGAACCAGUCGCCCUGAAAAUCCUGUAAUCUACGACAGCAACGAAGAGUUCCGUGUAGGCCAGGCGAAGGUUGUAUACAAGACCAGCAACGACCAGGUCACUGUGAUUGGAGCUGCUGUAACUCUACAUGAGGCUCUUGAUGCAGCUGAGCAGCUGAAGAAAGAGGGCAUCAACAUUCGAGUGAUCGACUUAUUCACUAUUAAACCCCUGGACUCAAAGACAAUUAUUGAAAAUGCCCGGGCUACAGGGGGUCGCAUCGUUACUGUGGAGGACCAUUACUAUGAAGGUGGCCUGGGAGAGGCCGUGUGUUCAGCGGUGGUGAAUGAACACGACUUCACCGUGCAUGGCCUCGCCGUGUCUCGCGUGCCCCGCAGCGGGAAACCCAGAGAGCUACUCAGACUGUUCAAUAUCGACAGUGACGCCAUUAUUCAGGCCGUGAAGAAGAUAAUCAAUGAUACUGCCCACAAAAAGUAACACAAAGAAAUCAGAGAGAGAGAGAGAGAGAGAGAGAUGGAGAGGGAGGGAGAGAGUGAGAGAGAGAGAGACAGACAGAGAGGGGGGGGGAGAGGCAGACAGAGAGAGUGAGAGAGAGACAGACAGAGAGAGAGAGAGAGAGAGUGAGAGAGAGACAGAGAGAGAGAGUGAGAGAGAGAGAGAGAGAGACAGACAGAGAGAGAGAGUGAGAGAACGCAAACCUUCUAAAGUUCAUAAUGCAUUAUUUUCAUCAGCUGCACAUCUAAACAAUCUGGUGCUUUCUGUCAAUAAACACGACUAAGAAUUGA